CUGGAAAGAUCUCAUCAUGGAGGUCACCUUCAACAUCGUUGGUGGAAGAAUCCAGUGUCUAUGGUAGAGAUGAUGACAAGGAGGUAAUAAUCAAAUUGUUGCUGUCAAAUGAAGAAGGUCCCGGCGGUAAGAUAGGCGUGAUUCCAAUAGUCGGCAUGGGCGGGCUCGGAAAAACCACUCUUGCCCAGCUAGUUUAUAAUGAUGAUGAAGUUAAGAAACAUUUUGAACUCAAGGCAUGGGUUUGUGUCUCUGAAGAAUUCGAUAUUUCUCGGGUCACAAAAACGGUGCUUCAAUCAGUGUCUUCAGCUUCUGCUAAGGAUGUUACAGACCUAAAUUCCCUACAAGUUGAGUUGAAAGAGAUGUUCACCGGACGGAAGUUCUUGAUCGUUUUAGAUGAUGUUUGGAAUGAGAGUUAUGUUGAUUGGGAGGACUUGAGGAUUCCUUUCAAAGAUGGGGCUCAUGGAAGCAAGAUUAUCGUGACAACAAGAAGCAAAAGGGUUGCUACUAUCAUGGGAACAGUUUCGAGCCAUAUUCUGAAGGAAUUAUCAAAGGAAGCUUGUUGGGAACUCUUUGCAAAGCAUGCUUCUGGAGCUGGAGACUUUACUGCCCAUCGAGAACUAGAAAGAAUUGGGAGAGAAAUCGUAAAGAAAUGCAAAGGUGUGCCGUUAGCUCUAAAAACACUUGGAGGACUAUUGCGCUCUACGUUGGAUGUUGGGGAAUGGGAAAAGAUAUUGAAGAGUGAUAUUUGGGAUUUUACAGAUGAGCAGAGCAAAAUUCUUCCAGCUUUGAGAUUGAGUUACCAUUAUCUCCCUUCUCCCUUAAAACGAUGUUUUGCUUAUUGUUCAGUAAUUCCCAAGGACCGUGAAUUUGAAAAGGAGGAUUUGAUCUUACUAUGGAUGGCGGAAAAUCUUCUGGAGCAGCCAAAGAGAAGUAAGAGAAUGGAAGAAGUGGGUGAUGAGUACUUUAAUGAUUUAGUAUCUAGAUCAUUUUUUCAACAACAAAGUAACGACAGCCGUUCCAUUUUUGGUAUGCAUGAUCUUAUCGUUGAUUUGGCUAAACAUGUAUCAAGAAGAUAUUGUUUUCUCCUAGAUGACAACACCUCAAAGGAAAUUGCGAUGAUCAAGCGAGCACGUCAUCUUACGUAUGCUAUGAGUGAGAAGAAUUUCUUUGAAUUCUCCAAUUUUGUUUCUGAAACACCUCGUUGGCGCACUUUUCUUCUACGAGGGGACUUACCUGAGAUGAAUGCAAAUGAGUUUGUUAUGAAUGCAAGGUGUCUGAGAGCUCUGUCUUUGUCUUGUGUCCGUGGAAAGGUCGAGGUACCUGAUUCAAUAGGCGAAUUAAGGCAUCUUCGCUACUUGAAUCUCUCGGGGUCUGAAAUUGAAAGAUUGCCCGAAGCUUUCAGCAAGUUGUACAAUUUACAAACGCUGAAGCUGGCAAACUGUCAAAAUCUUGCGAAGCUGCCUAAAGAUUUUUGUCGUCUCAUUAAUUUGAGAUAUCUUGACAUCGCUGGAAGCGGCUUACGAGAUAUGCCUACACAAAUGGGUGAACUGAAGAACCUCCAGAAGUUAAGUACCUUCAUUGUGGGAAAAGAAGAUGGAACCAAAAUAGGAGAGUUGGGAGAACUUGCUGGUCUUAGAGGGGAAAUUUGCAUUAGAGAGUUACAGAAUGUAAUAAAUGCAGAUGAUGCUUUGGAAGCCCGUUUGAGGGACAAGAACUUUGAGGUGUUGAAGUUGGAAUGGGAUGUUGAUUAUGAAACUGAUUCCACAGAACAUGAAAGGAAUGUGCUUGACAAUCUAUUGCCCAGCACAACCUUGAAGAAGCUUGCGAUUAGUGACUAUGGAGGCACAAAAUUUCCAAGUUGGAUAGGCGAUGAGUCAUUCUACAAUAUAGUCCAUGUUAGACUUUAUAACUGCAAAUAUUGCCUCAGUUUGCCCCCACUUGGUCAAUUGCCGUCCCUCAAAGAACUUUAUAUUUCAGGAUUUGAUGCAAUAGUAAGGGUGGGUCCUGAGUUUUGUGGGAGUAGCUCAUCAAGUGCAAAGCCUUUUGCAUCGUUGGAAAGCCUAAAGUUCUAUAAUAUGUCAUACUGGGAGGAAUGGUUAAUGCCAGAUGAAGCUUUCCCAAAGCUUAAAUCGCUUUCUAUAAGUCGUUGCAAGAAGCUUACUGGAGACUUGCCUCGCCUCCUUCCAUAUUUAACAGAGUUUUCCAUCUGGGCAUGUCCAGAACUUGCUUCUUCCCUACCAAUGAUGCCAAUCGUCAACAAUGUAGACCUUGAAGACUGUGAGAAGAUUACUGGGUAUGAUGUUGUAGAAUCGUUUGGGUGUCUUGAAGGUCUUGGAAUCAGCAAGUGUCUUGAGUCAACAACUUGUAGGUCUCUUCCUGCUGGCUUGAAGAUCCUUGUGUUCAGGAAUGGCCAGAAUUUAGAGAUUCCUCUGCUCAACUUAUAUGACUGCCCCAAUCUGACUGAGAUUUGGAUUAUCAAUUGCGAAAAGGUUAUCAACUCCGGAAUGAGAUGGAACUUGCAAGGAAUUCCCAAUCUUACAACAUUUAGAAUUACUACUUGUACAUUUGAAAAUAAUUUGGAGUCAUUUCCAGAGGAAGGGCUGCUGCCUAGCACUAUCACAGAGCUUCAAAUCUGGGAUCUUGAAUGGCUUAAAACACUGGACAGCAAUGGGCUUCAACAACUCACCUCUUUAACUUCACUUUCUAUCGGAAAUUGUCUUAACUUGCAGACAAUUACAGAAAAAGUGCUUCCGUCCUCUCUUCUAAGCUUUACGUUGUAUAAAUGUCCGUUGCUGGAGGAAAAGUGCGAGAGGGAGAAAGGGGAGUAUUGGAACAAGAUUGCUCACAUCCCCACCAUUACCAUAUAUAAAUUAACAAGAUCCAGAUACUAGGUAGCUCUUCAUUAUUUUACCUUUUUUUUCUUUUAUUUGCUAUCUUUCCUCUUUCUUUUUCCAGUGAGAAUGUGAUUCGUACUGCACCUUCACUCUGUAGUUUGGCUAAUCAAUUUUCGGUCAUGAAACAUGCUCAAAUUGUUUUUCAGGUUUUCUUAACCAAUUAAUUUAGUUAAUAUC